AUGAAUUAACCAGGAGCUUUUGAAGCCGACCGAUAAUGUUUGCAGGCGCCACCAUGUGUGUCCACUCUGAGGAUGCAAUGGAGCUGUGCGCUGAAUACGGCCUCUAUUUGAAACCAGUGGCCAAAAUCCUGAUUUCAAUUGCGAUGCCUUCACAUGCAGCUCAUUCAGCCAAGGUUCUUUCAAAUUGGGAGGUGAUGGAAAAAAUUCGGAAACUGGCUGACCCUGUUCAACUAGUGCAUCUGAAAGUUGUGAAAAGUACGAAUGAAUUCAUGCGAUACGAAGGCGAAAUUGACAGCACUUCAGAUCUGAAGAAACUAAUCGAGCUACUCGAUGGGAAGAUUAUUAAACUAGGAGGGUAUUUGGAAUCUUUCAAACUCAGAGCUAAAGAGAGCAAAAUUGAGGUGCUAAAUGAAAGCAACUGGAAUACUUUUUUCGAAGGAUGGCCCGAAAGUGACGAAACACAGCCAGGUUUGAGACCUGACACUAUUUAUCUAGAAUCUUUACCCUGUCGUUGGUUUGCUACCAAAUCACAAGAUACCCAAAAUGGCAAUAACGAUAACGUUGAGAAAGAGAAAAUGAAGACGGCAAUAAAUAUCGAAGAAGUGACUAAAUCGAACGUGGUGAUGCCAGAUGUUGAAGUUGUCCAGACAGUGUUUUCGAGAUUCGGUCCGAUCAGAGUCAUCGACAUUCCCAUGCUGGAUCCAUACAGGACGGACGAUGACAGAAGAGGCAUUGGGACAUUCAGUGCAUUUGGACCAGGCACUUCGGGCAUUACUUUCAGCGCCUUCAUCCAAUACGAGGACUACUCCUCAUUCGCAACUGCAAUGGAGGCACUAGGGAGACACAAGUUGAUGUACAAGCCCAAGUAUGGCAGUGGGGCCAGCUCGACUGCCAACAGAAGCUACGUGGCAAACAUCAAAGUCCACUUCGAUCGUAGUGGUCACCUGAGUGAGAAGCAGAUAAUGAGGCGGAAGAUAGAGUGUAUGCGAAUGAGACAGGCGGAGAAGGAGAGGGAGGAGCAGAAGAGGAGGGAGAGGGAGGAGAAGGAGGCCAAGGAGAAGGCACUCCAGCUAGAUUCCCUGUUAAAACCCAGAACCAUUCUGCUUAGAGCGGCAGAGACUGCAGCACAUGCUGAAAAACAGAGACUGAAGUCGGAGAGGAAGCUACUCCGAGCGGAGUUGAAGGAGAAGGACAAGAAGGAGAAAUUGCUGUUGGAGAUUGAGAAGAAGAACCAGUCUUUGCAGCGACUGGCCAGUGAGCAGGCCAAGUUCGACUACGAACAGAAGGCGAAUGCGAGAAGAAAAGAAGCCAUGAAUCUGUUGCAUUGUCUCAUAUUCAGGAUAAAGGACCUGAAGAGUCAGGAGAUAGUGGAGCGGAGACUGGCAGAGUUGGAGGCAGUGAGAGUUGCAGAGGUGAAGAAGCAGAAGGAGUUGAUAGACAGACUGCAACAACAGCAGACUGCCGAGAGGGAACGACACCAACUGCUACUCCAGCAGCACGAGAACAACCUCAGACAGAAGUUACUGGAAAAGAUGUCUGGAAAAGACAGCAGCGGGAACCUCUCCUCUCCCGAGAAAGACGACACUAAAUGGAAACCGGUAGCCUCAUCAUCAACCACUGUUUAUUCUAGCACCAAACGUCGAAACAGCUCCUCCGAAAGCAACAUUGACGAGCUCAAAUUAGAAGCUACUAGCGAAGUUGCAAAUACAAUAUUCUCUUCAAUGCAAAGAGACGUAGAGCAAAAAUCGCUGUCAUUUGAGAAAAAUAAACAUCGAAGAAAAUCUUCCCGCAGUAAAUCGAAAAGUGGACGCAAAAGGUCAUAUCACAGUCCAGGUAGCAAUAGGAAAGGGAAAAGGUCAAGAAGCAGAGGCAGGAAAAAGCCAAACAGAGAAAAAGGAAAGCGGAGAAAGUCUUCGUCUUCAAGCUCGGCAAGCAACUGAACAAUGUUUUAAAAUGAACUUGAAAACUUAAUAUCACGUAAACUGUUGUUUCUGUUAGUAUUCCUUAGCUUAGAUAAAGUUAUCGUUCCCUAA